AUGAACCGCCUGGCCAAGGAGUCGGUCUCUCAUAUGGAGAUGGCGCAGGGCGACACUCUUUUCCUGCCGGAGCAGCAUGCAACCUGCAUGUACUUCGUGGCCUUCGGUCGGCUGGAGUAUGUCCGGGCUCUUGAGAGUGGCGAGAUCAAGGAGUUUGUGGACAAGGGCGAGGACUGGCUUGCGGAGCCUUCGCUGUGGACAGAAAACUGGUAUCAUGUUGGCGAAGCCAAAGCCUACACUGACUGUGAAGUGCUCCUCAUAGACCCGCAGGCGUUCGAGAACAUUCUGAAUGUGGUGAGACCGGUCGCCAGCAUCGUAGCUCAAUAUUGCAGGCUCUUCAUGGUCUGGCUUGAGAGCUUGGAAGAGCAGGAGGGCAUGCUUACCGACGUCAUCCAAGGUGAUCAAGUCUCUGACACCAUCAGAAGCUUUCUGCCUAUGUG